AUGUGGGUGACAGAGACCCAGCUGCUGUCCGAUUCGAAAUCACGCCGUCACAGAGAGCAAGGCGAGUCGCCCGCUGGUACUGACUUCGACUUUGGAUCUUCUCGCCAUUCCGAUACCUUCCCCUCACCUGUCAUCACCCGGUGUUUCAUCCUCAAGACUCCGUCCCUCACAGUCAACAUGGCUUCCGUCCAGCAGAAGAUCUUCCGCACGGCUAACGCCCCCACCGGCCCCGCCGACGAGGUCGAGACCGUUGUCGCCCAGGCCCUCAUCGACCUUGAGGCCAACGUCUCUGAGCUCAAGGCCGAGCUCCGACCUCUCCAGAUCUCGUGCGCCAAGGAGAUCGAGGUCAAGGGCGGCAAGAAGGCUAUCGUCAUCUUCGUCCCCAUGCCCCAGCUCAAGGCUUUCCACAAGAUCCAGCAGCGUCUCACCCGUGAGCUCGAGAAGAAGUUCUCGGACCGCCACGUUGUCUUCGUCGGCCAGCGCCGCAUCCUCGGCAAGCCCAGCCGCAAGAACCGUCACCAGCAGCCCCGUCCUCACUCGCGCACCCUCACCGCCGUGCACGAGUCGAUCCUCGAGGACCUCGUUUACCCCUCGGAGAUCACUGGCAAGCGCACCCGUGUCGCCACGGACGGCAGCCGCCUGAUCAAGUGCUUCCUCGACUCGAAGGACGCCACCUCGCUCGAGUACAAGCUGGACAGCUUCUCGUCGGUUUACAAGAAGCUCACUGGCCGUGACGUCAGCUUCAUGUUCUCGUCGGACAACUAA